AUGGAACAACCACCUGGUUUCGUAGAUGCAAAUCAUCCCGACUAUGUAUGCCGACUUAACAAGGCGGUAUACAGCUUGAAACAAGCACCUCGCGCUUGGUACACCGAGCUUAGUAACUUUCUUCUCAGCCUUGGAUUCACCAACUCUCUGGCCGAUACAUCAUUGUUCGUCCUCAAAGUUGAUGCUGAAGAUCUUCAUUAUUUUAUUGGUCUUGAAGCUCACAGAACGUCAUCUGGUCUUCACCUAGCUCAACGGAAGUUUAUAUUGGAUCUCCUGCAUCGCUAUGAUAUGACAAAUGCGAAACCAGUCACCACUCCAAUGGCAUCAUCUCCGAAAUUAACUCUUACCUCUGGAAAACCGUUGUCUGAUCCCAAGCAAUAUCGCCAACUGGUGGGAAGUCUCCAAUACCUUCAGUUCACCCGCCUUGACAUAGCCUUUGCUGUCAAUAAACUCUCUCAAUUCAUGCAUUGUCCAACUGAAGACCACUGGCAAGCGGCUAAACGCAUUCUCCGAUAUCUUGCACGCACGCCAAGUCAUGGUAUCUUCUUCUCCUCUAACAAUCAACUCACUCUUCAUGCAUAUUCAGAUGCAGAUUGGGGAGGUGAUUCACAUGACUAUGUCUCCACUAAUGCUUAUGUGGUUUAUCUUGGCAAUCAUCCCAUAUCGUGGACUGCAAAGAAACAAAAAGGUGUGUCUCGCUCUUCCACAGAAGCAGAAUACCGUGCCGUGGCAAAUACAGUCGCCGAGAUACGCUGGAUUUGUAAUAUUCUUACGGAGCUUGGUGUUCCUUCACCACCAACAGUUUAUUGUGACAACGUGGGUGCUACUUUCUUAUGUGCCAAUCCCGUGUUUCAUUCCCGGAUGAAACACAUAGCUCUGGAUUACCACUUUCUGCGUGGUCACAUUCAAGAUGGUGCUCUUCGGGUGGCUCAUGUUAACACUAAAGACCAAUUUGCGGAUGCACUAACAAAGCCACUCCCACGUGCAAGGUUCCUGGAACUUAGAAACAAGAUUGGAGUGACAUCCGACUCUCCAUCUUGA